AUGAAGAAACCGAGCUCGUCCUUUACUAUUCUAGCCUUGCUUGCUUUGAUUGUGACAUCGACCGUUGGACUUAAUCCGGUGUCAUUUCGUCUGAUCGAUCCAAUACUCUCUCCAUCAACCGCUACCAAGCAGUUCACUAUCACCGCGGGGAUUGAAACAUACAACCAAACCAUCAACUUUGUUCUAGAAACAAACGAUGAUCUCGUAUCGCCAAGCGUGCAAAUCCGGUAUCCCGAUGUCCACCGAGACGCUAUUGAGGCAGGCACUCUGCCAAACAUUCAAGUCCGGUAUACAAAAGGGUCGGUCUGGAUGCAGGAAACUCGUGAGGGGAGUCGAGAAGAUGUCGGGUGGGCAAGACUGGCCGUGAUGCAGGAUGGCGAGAGCCUGCUCUUCGAUGGAACAUUCACAAUUAUGGGUUCGCAGUAUACCAUUGUGCUUGAAACCCUCGAUGAUGGGUCUACUGGGAUAAUAGCCCACGAACACGAAUCCGCAUUCUCGGCAGGCGGAUCGUCACUCCCCUCGCUUUGCGCAACUGCCCCCGAAACACACUUGGACAAGCGACAGAUUUGGAACCCUUGGGGGGACGAUAACCCCACAUCGACAAUCGGUAGUACGAAUGGUUGUCCGAACACGAGGGAGAUUGCGUACAUUGGUAUCAUGACGGAUUGCACCUAUACUGCAAGCUUCAACUCCUCCGACUCGGCCCAUCGAUACAUCCUGAAUAUGGUCAACACUGCAUCUGUGGUCUUUGAGAACAGUUUCAAUAUCUCUCUUGCGGUACAGAAUCUGACAAUCAGUGACGCUGACUGCCAGAGUAGUACCUCAGACACGACUGCGUGGAAUGUUCCAUGCUCUCAGGGGGAUCUCAACACGCGACUUCAGACCUUUUCAACGUGGCGAAGCUCAUUAAAUGAUGAGAAUGCAUACUGGACCUUGCUGACUGGGUGUUCAGUUUCUGCUGGGGAGAUUGGAGUAUCAUGGAUUGGAGCACUAUGUAAUACGGGUUCUGCCUCUAGCAACGGUGGAGCCAGUGCCAAUGUUGUCGCACGAACACGGGAUGAGUGGCAGGUCUUUGCGUAA